AAAUUUGAUUGCUCAACAUAAGACACAUGGUGUUCAAUUAUCUAUUUGAUUGGUUCAUACGCUGGGACUUCUAUCUCAAAUAUAAAAAAAAGAUGUUGAUUUUAAUAGCAUAUUAUGAGUGAGAUGAAAGCGUAAAUAGAGUGUUUCGACAUUUGUUCUUGAUCUGUCUCACACAUCUUCAUUUUUCGUCAUCGUAUGUUUGUUGAUUGUUUAGUAAAUUAAGCAGCAUGUCUUGUGUCACUGUAAACUCUGCGCCUAUACCCUCUGUUGCAGCAAGUACUGUUUCGCAGAACAUCAUAACAGGGGCCAGUAGUCUAGCUACAGGGAACAUAACUACACAAAGUACAGUAAGCACUCCCAUUACCACUCAAAACUCAAAUAGCACAGCUAUAAAUGUCAACAUGUUGCCUCCUGAUAGCUCUGCUCAAGUACAUCAGGUUCUCACUAAACAGCGCCUCCAAGAUUUAGUAAGGGAAGUUGACCCUAAUGUACAACCGGAUGAGGACGUUGAAGAGCUGCUUCUGCAAAUAGCUGAAGGGUUUAUUGAUGAUGUGGUCAGUACAUCUUGUUUCUUAGCAAAACAUCGAAAGUCUUCUGUUCUGGAGGUGAAAGAUGUGCAGUUAAGCUUAGAGAAAAAUUGGAAUAUGUGCAUUCCGGGAUUUGGCUCGGAAGAGUUGAGACCCUACAAGAAGUCUUUUAGCACUGAAGCUCACAAACAGAGAAUGGCCUUGAUACGAAAAACCCUGAAGAAAUAGAAGAUUUUUGGAUCUUUGUAUACAAGAUUCUAUGUAUUAUUUAUUUGUAUAAAAAUAAAAUGUUUAUUUAAAAAAAUAAAAUUCUCUACAAAAUAA